AUGGCCCCCGAGAUGCAGGACCUCGAGACAUCGCCUCUAUUGUCCCCCGAUCCCGAGCAAAGCUCCGUGCACGAUGCGGAAAGCCUAACGCCCAAUAACCCAAAGGACGAGAGAAAUAUCGACAACGAUGUGCUGCCAGAAACGUCGACAGCGGGGAGAAACAUUGGCUGGGGAAGCGCCUACAUCCUGGUUAUCUCUCGAGUCAUCGGAUCAGGUAUUUUCGCAAUGCCUGGAACAAUCGUCCAGAACGUAGGCAGUCCUGGCUUGGCUCUGGUCCUGUGGGUUGUCGGAGCUCUCGUUGCGUGGGCAGGAUUAGCCAUCGACAUGGAAUAUGGAUGUAUGCUUCCUCGUUCGGGCGGAGUAAAAGUGUAUCUGGAGUAUACCUUUCGCAAACCGCGGUUCCUCACCUCGACUCUGGUGGCUGUCCAGGCCGUUCUCCUCGGAUUCACGGCAAGCAAUUGCAUCGUCUUUGCGAAAUACACCCUUUUCGCCGCCGGCGCUACUCCCAACGACCUGAACACCAAAUUACUGGCGGUCGGAUUGUUGACCUGGAUCACAAUCGUCCACAGCUGUUUCUACAAGACAGGAAUAUGGAUCCAGAAUCUGCUAGGUUGGGUCAAGGUCGGGUUGAUUGUGUUCAUGAUUCUGACGGGAAUAUUUGUGGUUCUGCUGCAACCUCACACUUCGUCUAGCGACGUGCCCGACCACGCCUCAGCUACAGCAUGGGGUGAUCUGUGGACUGGCUCCGACUGGGCGUGGAAUAACUUGUCGACAGCGUUUUUCAAGAUCCUCUACUCCUACGCGGGACUCAGCAAUGUCAACAAUGUCCUCAACGAGGUGAAGGACCCUGUCCGAACGCUCAGAUCAGUCGGUCCGGUUGCGUUGCUGACGGCUUGCAUCAUGUAUGUGCUCGUCAACGUCGCAUACCUGUCCGUGGUGCCACUUGAAGAGGUCAAGCGCAGCAGAGAGCUCAUUGCAGCUCUGUUCUUCGAGCGAGUCUUUGGGGCUGGCUUUGGCAACAAGUUCCUUCCCCUUGCUAUUGCUCUCAGCGCUGUAGGGAAUGUCAUGGUGGUCACCUUCAGCUUGGCUCGAGUCAACCAGGAAGUCGCGCGGCAAGGGUUUCUUCCCUUUUCGGAAAUUCUGGCUUCCAACAAACCGUUCAAUGCACCCCUUGGCGGGCUUCUCGUCCACUAUGUGCCAUCUGUGCUGGUCAUCGUCCUACCGCCUUCUGCCACAGUAUAUGCUUUCAUUGCCGAUGUUGAAGGAUAUGCGGGUCAAUUUUUUGCUCUGGCCGUCGGUGCUGGCUUGAUCAUUCUCCGCAGCAAAAAGCCCGAUCUGCGACGGCCGUUCAAAGCUUGGAUUCCGGCGGUAUGGUUCAGAAUCAUACUAUCCGUGGCAUUAAUUGGUGCUCCGCUAUUUCCUUCCAGCAAGGGAUCUUCGGAUGUCAACUUCUUCUACGCCACAUACGCGUUGGUCGGCAUUUCCAUACUCAUUUUCGGAGUCGCUUAUUGGUUCGUGUGGACCAUUGCUCUACCUCGCUAUAGGGGCUACAGGCUGGAGGAAGCAACGGAUGUCCUCGGUGAUGGGACAACCAUCACAAAAUUGGUCCGCAAGGAAUUAUAA